AUGAAGUUGGGAUUGCUGGUGGUGUUGACUGUGGCAGUUCUGGUGCCCACCCUGUCUGAGGGCCGGAUCGUCUCCAAAUGCGAGCUGAAAGACAAGCUUGGGGCGGCGAUCUCCCUGCCGGGAAUGCGUAAAAGAUUUAAGGACAGAAUCCUGGCAAUAGUUGUCUGUGGAGUAAAUGGGAUGUCAAAUCUGAACACUGACCUUGUAAGGGAGUCGUCAACGACAGCCAGGCAAAAACCAUCACCACGAGUUGUAACCACUGCCAAACCAAAGACUGCCAAGACAUCGACUACAAAACCAAUGACUACCAAAGCAACCACCACCAAAUCAAAGACUACGAAGAUAACGACUACCAUACCAACAACUACCAGAGCAAUGACUACUGAAGCAAUGACUACCAAACCAACAACUACCAUAGCAGCGACUACCAGAGCAAUGACUACUGAAGCAAUGACUACCAAACCAACAACUACCACAGCAGCGCCUACCAGAGCAAUGACUACUGAAGCAAUGACUACCAAACCAACAACUACCACAGCAGCGCCUACCAGAGCAAUGACAACUGAAGCAAUGACUACCAAACCAACAACUACCAUAGCAGCGCCUACCAGAGCAAUGACUACUGAAGCAAUGACUACCAGACCAACAAUUACCAUAGCAGCGCCUACCAGAGCAAUGACUACUGAAGCAAUGACUACCAAACCAACAACUACCAUAGCAGCGCCUACCAGAGCAAUGACUACUGAAGCAAUGACUACCAAACCAACAACUACCAUAGCAGCGCCUACCAGAGCAAUGACUACUGAAGCAAUGACUACCAAACCAACAACUACCAUAGCAGCGCCUACCAGAGCAAUGACUACUGAAGCAGCAACUACCGAGACAUCGACUAUCAAACCAGCGACAACAACCCAAACACCUAUAAGGCGAAAGCGGGAGGCUAACACUACCAGCCAGGAGUCUGACACGAAAGAGAUGGAAAGGCUAAAGGAACUGCUGAAUGAAGAAGAAAAUAAGUUUAAUGAGGAGGAACUGGAGCAGGAUGACCAUAGAAUGACUGAUGAGGACAAAGAGAGGGAGGAAGGGGAUAGGCUGGAGCUUGAGGAAGGUGAAAAAUUUAAGAAUACAUCCUCCCGUCCUCUCAGACACAAGAGGAGUCCACUGCCCCCUGUCUAUUAUGGGCUCUUCCAGCUGUCUGACAGCUACUUCUGUAAUUCUGGUAAUCCCUGGUCCACAAACAAGUGCGAUACAAGCUGCAGAGCCUUCACUGAUGACGACAUAAUGGAUGACAUUAAUUGCUUUGUGAAGACGGAUUACUGGCUGUAA